CUUUCCCCCCCCUUCCGGUCCGGACACUUUCCCCCCCUUCCGGUCCGGACACUUUCCCCCCCUUCCGGUCCGGACACUUUCCCCCCUUCCGGUCCGGACACUUUCCCCCCCUUCCACUCUGGACACUUUCCCCCCCUUCCAGUCCGGACACUUUCCCCCCCUUCCAGUCCGGACACUUUCACCCCCUUCCAUCCGGACACUUUCACCCCCUUCCACUCCGGACACUUUCACCCCCUUCCAGUCCGGACACUUUCCCCCCCUUCCAGUCCGGACACUUUCCCCCCCCUUCCGGUCCGGACACUUUCCCCCCCUUCCGAUCCGGACACUUUCUCCCCCCUUCCAGUCCGGACGCUUUCCCCACCCCCCCCU